AUGUCUAACAACGACAACAGAAUGCGCAGGGAGAAAAACUUCAUCGAAAGUUAUUGCGUGAAAAUUACCGACAUUCCAAUUCAUUUAAUUAACCGAAUAAAAGAUCAGAAAGGAUUAUGUACCGAGAAAAUUACAGAUGAAAUUAAUGAAUUUUUUUUGUAUGCCCAACACCAUCAACAGUUCAAAAAUAAAAUAAAAAUAAAAUGGAAAGAAGAAAAAACAUUUUCACAAAACGAGAUUAUUUAA